CAUUUUCAUUUCGGAAAGGCAACUAAAAGGUUAAGCUCGUUCUCGCCCUCGCUUCAAGUUUUAAGCAGCUGCAUGGUAUCUUUGAUUGACAGCUGACGUACGAAAAUGGAAACCAGUCUACGAAGACGAACGGCCGAUAAACGUUCCACUGAAGUGACGUCACUACGAUGCACUAAAGACAACACCCUACCCACACCUCCCCUGUCUGGUGCUUUAUUGUCAUCCCUUGAAACACAUCUCAUGCAGCCAUUCAAUUCCUUGAACCUUGCAAUCUUUCGUAUCAUCUUCGGCUUCAUCAUGUCUUUUCUUCAAUAUCGAAUAGUCUUCUUACAAGACGUCUUGGAGCCAAACUUCAGCUAUGCAGAGAUCAACUUUCAUUAUUGUUUUGCGCGAGGAAUUCCACACGUUGGAUUAGAUAAACUAGUUUUCGUGAUAAUCAUCUCCGGUAUCGCCGCUUUCUGUAUCGGGAUUGGCUUAUUCUACCGAUUAUCUUGUGGCAUAUUUCUCGUCACUUAUACCUAUCUCAGCUUACUAGAAAAGACUCGCUAUAAUAACCACUUCUAUCUGUAUAUCUUAUUAACUUCCAUACUUCUAGUAACAGACUGCCACAAACGUCUCUCAGUAGAUUCAUGUAUCUAUCGCUGCACGUCACGUAAUUCACAUGAUUCUCAAAUUCCUUUCUGGCAGGUUUUUCUCUUCCGUUUUCAACUAUUUGUGGUGUAUUUCUAUGCCGGACUCGCUAAGCUGAACUACGAUUGGUUCUUUCGAUUUGAGCCAAUGACCAUUUGGAGUGGUUUCCCUAGGUUUUCAAUGUUUAGAAAGAUUGCAUCAUUACUGCUGCCAAACGAUUCUGUCCAAAAGUUUCUUGGCACGUUUUUCAGUAUAGGAGGAUUAUCCUUUGAUUUGUUCAUUGGAUUUUUUCUGUUGAUUCCCAAAUUACGGCCAGUGGGAAUCUUAUUCACUUUUUUCUUUCAUUUGUCCAACCAUUUUCUUUUCAAGAUAGGGACAUUUCCUUGGGUCAUGAUUGGCACCAAUUUUAUCUUUCUUGAUGCAGAAACCCUUCCUAAUCUUAUUAAAAUCAUUCAAAUGAGGCUGUGUUACAAGCAAAAGAGUAAUAAAAUCAAGAAUCCCGAGCAACCAGAAACUACUCCUACCAAGAGGUCACUGCGCAUGUCCAAGCCAUUAAAGUGCUUUUUACUAAUGUACGUUGUCAUUCAAGUCCUUGUGCCGUUCCGCCAUUGGCUGUAUCCAGGCAACGUGAACUGGACACUGGAGGGACAUCAGUUCAGUUGGAGGAUGAUGUUGAACGAGGAGAAUGUGAUCAUGAGAAUAAACAUCAUCGGAGAGGGAAAGCAAGAUGUUUUUGAUCCCUACCAAAUGCGCAUCACAGUUCGUCAGAUUAAGAGAAUGUUGACUGAUCCUGAACUCGUGGUACAAUUAGUACGUCAUAUCAAGCAAAACUACGUCAAACCACGUGAUCAUAAUGACGUAGCCAUCAAAGUAGACAUGUGGAAAAUGCUUAACGGCAGACCAUAUCAGCGGUAUAUCGACAGCGAUGUUGAUUUGACAGCUGUCAAUCAAGAUUCCUUUAGCUAUCAUUGGCUGGUACCUCAAAUGUCAGAUGACUCUCUUAAUUUUACUGCGAUUGAGAAGAUCCGAAAGCGAUGGUCAGGCAGAGGCUAUGACGUGUCAUUCUUCAUGGAAUCUCCUCAGCGAGUCUACCAGACAUUUUUGAAUCCUGAUUAUUGUUUUGAUGUGCGUUUAUUUUCACUUAACACACAAAUUGAAGUCACUAUUAGGACAAGAAAGCUGUUACUGAAACCGGGGAAAAGCGUGAUUAUACCAAGUAACGCAAUCCACCGUAUCGCUACAAUUGGUCACGCACCUUCGAUUUGGUAUUAUGUUUUUGAUUGUCAUGUUUCGUUUUUCCAUCAAGCUCAAUUGUAUAUUAGUGAGGAAGGAUGGAAAUAUCCGUAUUGAUACGGGUAAAGCGUGAAAUGAGUAACACAAUUCACAUCAUACAGCAUAAGACGUUAAUUUAGAUGCGCAAAUAUAGGAAAAGAGGAUAAAAAGAAAUAAUAACAAGUGAUCGUAGAUUGUAACUAAGGGCAGUACUUUAAAUAAACUUCUUGUUUUGA